AUGAGCACCAGAAAAAUCCACGGCGGCUACGAAAAGCUCGUGGAAGAAGAACCGAUAUUGAAGAAGGGCACGAGCGUUCCGGCUAGUGUUUAUGGUAAUUCAAGAAACCCGGUUCAAGAUGCGAAGACGCCGACGUCAAAACCAACAGGUGGUUCUGUUCGUCCUUUGCUAAAUUUAUUCAAUGUUCGUUUUCAGAGGAAGAAGAAGAAGAGUUUGGGGACGGCGAAACCAACGGGUGGUUCUGUUCAUCCUUUGCUAAGUUUAUUUCGUUUUCAGAGGAAAAAGAAGAAGACCAAGAAUAAGAAGAGUUUGGCUACGGCGAAACCAGAGUUUGCAAGGUAUAUGGAGUAUGUGAAGGAAGGAGGUGUGCGGGAUCCGAAUUCUAACGCACCUGUGAUUCAUUACAGAUAG